AUGGCGACCGAGGGGAUGAUCCUCACGAACCACGACCAUCAAAUCCGCGUCGGAGUCCUCACAGUGAGUGAUAGUUGCUUCAGGAAUCUUGCAGAAGAUCGCAGUGGGAUAAAUCUCAAAGAUCUCGUACAAGAUCCUUCUUUGUUGGGUGGGACUAUAUCAGCAUACAAGAUAGUACCAGACGAAAUAGAAGAAAUCAAGGAAACCCUGAUAGAUUGGUGUGAUGAAAAGGAACUUAAUUUGAUACUAACAACAGGAGGAACAGGGUUUGCACCACGAGAUGUCACUCCAGAGGCCACAAAAGAAGUAAUAGAACGGGAAGCACCAGGGAUGGCCCUGGCAAUGCUGAUGGGAUCACUUAAUGUUACACCUCUGGGCAUGCUCUCUAGGCCGGUAUGUGGAAUCAGAGGGAAAACUCUCAUAAUUAACUUGCCAGGUAGCAAGAAAGGAUCUCAGGAAUGCUUUCAGUUCAUACUGCCAGCUCUACCUCAUGCCAUUGACCUUUUACGGGAUGCCAUUGUAAAAGUAAAGGAAGUGCAUGAUGAACUUGAAGAUUUACCUUCCCCACCACCUCCUCUUUCUCCUCCUCCCACAACUAGUCCCCAUAAACAGACAGAAGACAAAGGGGUUCAAUGUGAAGAAGAGGAAGAAGAGAAGAAAGACAGUGGUGUUGCUUCAACAGAAGAUAGUUCUUCAUCACAUAUAACUGCAGCAGCCAUUGCUGCCAAGAAGCAUCCAUUCUACACCAGUCCUGCUGUUAUCAUGGCACAUGGUGAGCAGCCCAUCCCUGGUCUCAUCAAUUAUUCCCAUCAUGCAACAGGCAGUGCAGAUGAACGGAUUCCAGACUCCAUAAUUUCUCGUGGCGUUCAGGUGCUCCCACGAGACACAGCUUCCCUCAGCACUACUCCUUCAGAAUCGCCUCGUGCUCAGGCUACAUCUCGCCUUUCUACUGCUUCCUGCCCAACUCCAAAAGUCCAGUCCAGGUGCAGCAGCAAGGAGAACAUUCUCAGAGCCAGUCACAGUGCUGUUGAUAUCACCAAGGUGGCUAGAAGACACCGCAUGUCUCCUUUUCCUCUAACAUCUAUGGACAAAGCCUUCAUCACAGUCCUGGAGAUGACUCCGGUGCUUGGGACAGAAAUCAUCAACUACCGAGAUGGAAUGGGUCGAGUCCUUGCUCAAGAUGUAUAUGCAAAAGAUAACCUACCCCCCUUCCCAGCAUCAGUAAAAGAUGGCUAUGCUGUUCGAGCUGCUGAUGGCCCAGGAGACCGUUUCAUCAUUGGGGAAUCCCAAGCCGGUGAACAGCCAACUCAGACAGUAAUGCCUGGACAAGUCAUGCGGGUUACAACAGGUGCUCCAAUCCCCUGCGGUGCUGAUGCUGUAGUACAAGUAGAAGAUACCGAACUUAUCAGGGAGUCUGAUGAUGGCACUGAAGAACUUGAAGUACGAAUUCUGGUGCAAGCUCGGCCAGGCCAAGAUAUCAGACCCAUCGGCCAUGACAUUAAAAGAGGGGAAUGCGUGUUGGCCAAAGGAACGCACAUGGGCCCCUCAGAGAUUGGUCUUCUGGCAACUGUAGGUGUCACAGAGGUUGAAGUUAAUAAGUUUCCAGUGGUUGCAGUCAUGUCAACAGGGAAUGAGCUGCUAAAUCCUGAAGAUGACCUCUUACCAGGAAAGAUUCGAGACAGCAAUCGUUCAACCCUCUUAGCCACAAUUCAGGAACAUGGUUACCCCACAAUCAACUUGGGAAUUGUGGGAGACAACCCAGAUGACUUACUCAAUGCCUUGAAUGAGGGUAUCAGUCGUGCUGAUGUCAUCAUCACAUCAGGGGGAGUGUCCAUGGGGGAAAAGGACUAUCUCAAGCAGGUGCUGGACAUCGAUCUUCAUGCUCAGAUCCAUUUCGGCAGGGUUUUUAUGAAACCAGGCUUGCCAACGACAUUUGCAACUUUGGAUAUUGAUGGUGUAAGAAAAAUAAUUUUUGCACUACCAGGGAAUCCUGUGUCAGCCGUGGUCACCUGCAAUCUCUUUGUUGUGCCUGCACUGAGAAAGAUGCAGGGCAUCUUGGAUCCUCGGCCAACCAUCAUCAAAGCCAGGUUAUCAUGUGAUGUAAAACUGGAUCCUCGCCCAGAAUACCAUCGGUGUAUACUGACUUGGCAUCACCAAGAACCACUGCCUUGGGCACAGAGUACAGGUAAUCAGAUGAGCAGCCGUCUGAUGAGCAUGCGCAGUGCCAAUGGAUUGUUGAUGCUACCUCCAAAGACAGAGCAGUACGUGGAGCUCCACAAAGGCGAGGUGGUGGAUGUCAUGGUCAUUGGACGACUAUGA